ACUGUAUGUCUGGCAAGACGCGGAAGGAGGAAAAGGAAAACAAAAGAAUUCGCUGUGAUGAGUGAGCAGAAACCAAUCAACUAUAUUUCGAAUCGCAGCCCUUCUGAAUCCUUUGAUUCCACUUACCCAAGUCCGACAAAUUUUAAAAAUCCCACCUCUCCUGCGAAUCUCACGUAUUCCUGCAAUCCCUUCGGCAUUUGCGGGUUUUUAUUCUUUCGAGUCGAACGUUAAUUUAUUCGAUCAAACCCGUUAUUUUCUUCCACUUUCCGGCAAGUAUCGCCUUCAAAGUUUCCUGCUUUGUGCUUGUUUAUACUAACCCUUUGCCCCAUUGAGUUUCUAGCUACUGAACCUCAUCGGGGGUUUUCAAAUUUGUCUUAUUCUUCUUAAAGAAAUUCGAUCAUGGGGAUUCAGAAGGACAGGGUAAGAUUCAAUGUCGGAGGAAGAAUCUUCGAAACGACGGCCACAACCCUCGCCAAUGCCGGGCGUAAUUCAAUGUUUGGGGCAAUGUUCGACGAGAACUGGAAUUUGGUCGCUGAUAAUUCCACUGAGCACUUCAUCGAUCGCAACCCCGAUUGCUUUGCCGUUCUUCUCGACCUCCUCCGAUCCGGCGAGCUCUACAUUCCAGUGAACAUCCCGGAGAAGCUCCUGUAUAGGGAGGCUCUCUACUACGGCCUUCUCGACCACGUCCGUACUGCAAAAUGGGGUCCCUUUGAUGGCAAUAGAUUGACCCUUUCUCGCUCCAUAACGGGUCAAUCCCCCGGCGACGGAACCGCCAUUCGCGGCGGCCCCGAUGGUGGUUGCUGCGUCGCUCACGGAAGCAUGGUUCAUGUCUACGAUUGGAUGCUCGACGAACAUCCCCCUUUAAACCUCGAUUACCAAAGGGUCAACGAUGUGGGGUGGGCCGACGCCGAUCAUGUUGUCAUCGGCGUCAGUCAGCGGCUCGGCCGUGGCGACGGCGGAUUGGGUCUCUUCCGUUCGUCAACGGGGGAGCUCAGGCAUAAGUUCCCAGUUCGCCAUGAGAACGAAGUGAAGAGUUUCACAGCAGGAGCAUUGAGCUUCAGUUCAGAUUACAAGAUAUUCUCUAGCUGCAAAGGAAGAAGCAACGAAUAUGGCAUCGGUGUUUGGGAUCAGAUCACUGCGAAGCAAAUUGAUUUCUUCUAUGAGCCUCUGGGGUGGUCACUUGGUGAAGCAGACAAGCUUCAAUGGCUAGAAGGGAGAAACUGCUUACUGGUUUCUACUCUGUUUCCCAGAAAAGAUAACUGUUACAUAAGCUUGUUGGAUUUCAGAGACAAAAACAUGGUUUGGUGUUGGUCUGAUCUGGGAGGUCCAGUUCUAGCCGGAGACGAGAAAAGGGUUCGAGACGCGAUAGCAAUGGAGGACAACAACUCAAUCUGUGUUGUGAAUGAGUAUGAAGAUUUAGGGUUUAUGGAUUUGAGAAAUUCUGGGGUUGCUUCUGGUAUAAGGUGGAGUUCAAGAAGUAGGUUGAUGAAAGGGAAGAUGCCAGAAGAGCCUUGUUAUCCCAAACUGGCUCUGCAUAAUGGUCAGCUUUUCUCUUCUAUGAACGAUUGUAUUUCUGUGUUCUGUGGCUCUGACUGGGUUUUGACUUCUAGGCUUAGAAGGGGCUAUGGAGGUUCUAUAUGUGAUUUGUCCAUUGGAGGGGAUAGGCUUUUUGCUCUUCACAGUGAGGAGAAUGUGUUUGAUAUAUGGGAAACUCCAAGGCCUCCAAUAAUAUGAUUCAAACUAAGUUUAAAAAACAAAGAGCUUGCUUGUGCUUUACAUCGUUCUUUUUGUUUGUUUGACCCCUUUUUUCUGCUUCUUCUGAGGUAGUGCCAAGGCUUUCACUUGUAUAUAAUGAGUUUUUUGGGUUGUAACUAAAUGGGUUGUUUUGUUUUGUAUGAAAUUUGAUAUGUGAGUUUUGUAAAUAGAACUCACGGCUUGUUAUAAUGUUAUAUUUUACUGCUGUAUUAUUUUGUGCUUCAAA